CAAAAACCCUAUCCACAGUCCACACUAAAACCUCCAUUUCUUCCUAUCUCGCCUACCUACUACAAUGGCCUCCUCGCCUAUCUCUGGCACGCGCCACCUUACGCGCUCCCUCUUAUCCAGCGCCUCCUUAGUGCCACCUCCUCGAACUCCUUCCUCCGUUCGCUGCACUGGAUUUGGAUCUCGGUUAGCUUACUCGACCCGGUACGUCUCAAUCCGAUGCCGAGCUAACCGGUCAGGCUCCGCUUACUCGCCGCUUAACUCAAACUCUAACUUCAGCGAUCGGCCUCCGACGGAGAUGGCGCCUCUGUUUCCAGGGUGCGAUUACGAGCACUGGCUAAUCGUUAUGGAUAAGCCUGGCGGCGAAGGCGCGACGAAGCAGGAGAUGAUUGAUUGUUACAUCCAGACCUUAGCCAAAGUCGUUGGAAGUGAGGAAGAGGCGAAGAAGCGAAUCUACAAUGUUUCGUGCGAGAGGUAUUUAGGGUUUGGGUGUGAGAUUGAUGAAGAGACUUCUACUAAGCUUGAAGGUUUGCCUGGUGUUCUGUUUGUGCUACCAGAUUCUUAUGUUGAUCCUGAAAACAAAGAUUAUGGAGCCGAGCUGUUUGUGAAUGGUGAGAUAGUCCAACGAUCACCAGAGAGGCAGAGGAGAGUUGAGCCGCAGCCACAGAGAGCUCAAGACAGGCCAAGAUACAAUGACAGAACUCGCUAUUCUCGCCGCAGAGAAAACACACGUUGAAGUGCGGCUGAAGAGGAUGGAUCAUAAACCUACACCGUAUGAAAGCGCAAAGGAAAGCUUUGUAUGAUAGUGAUCAUGAAGAUGAUGUUGCUACCCGGCGAAGUACUUUGCAGUGAGUGAAUCGACCAACUUUGGAUAUUGUUAAAAUGCCAAGUUUUGAUUAUAAUGUAUAACCUUUUUAUAUAAUAAUGUAAAUUGAAGUACCGUUCCAUUA